AGCUAUAGAUAUUGAAGAACGCGAAGGACUUAAAACCUAUUUGCUCAACUUACGAUACGAGAUAGGACAGAUGGUAGUAUCUAGCGAUCCAAAGAUCCUGAACCUUGCCCAACAACUAGCAGCCGACAGAGAACAAUGGUUACGAGAAGCAAAUCGUGUCGCCAACCGUCCAAAGAAUCAAUCUCACAACACUACACUAGUAUCCAAGCGGACUACUACCGAUCCACAACCACAAUCUUUUGCUCAGCUACCUAGCCGACCAUUAGACGACCGCAUGAAACCGAAGUGUCCGAAGUGUUUACGAACUGGACACACAGCCGAAAACUGCUACUCUAGAAAUUUUUCAUUCGCCAACCAAGGAAGGAUUCCACCUCGAGUAAACCAAACAACGGAGAACCCAGAGGAAGCCUAUCUCGAGUCAACUGCACCACCACUGUAAGAUUACUAUCAAUCGUACUGCAACGAAGAGACGGAGGAAGAGCCAGAUUCCUCAUCGAUACCGGAGCAGGAAUCAACCUUAUAAAAGAAAAAGCCUCGCUAAACGUCCAAACCUCUAACCCAAAGACCUUCCUAAUGGGAAGUGACAAACAUACCACUAACAAAAUUUGCAAUUUAACCAUGCUCAAGAAAAAUCAUCAAUUUCAGUCCCUAACAACUUUCCUCUAAUCGAAGAUGGAAUAAUCGGACUCCCAUUCCUUACAAAGUACCAAAACAGCGUCACUAACAAUAAACUAACCUUAGACGAAAUUAUAUUACCAUUCUAGAAAACCGAUAACAAGAUAAGA